AUGAACACUGACAGUAGGAUCGCUCGAACAGCUAGUCCAGCAGGCCUCAUUGACGACGAGCUGCCAGCAAGACGUCUAUACAAGGACAUCCCCGCGGCGGAGAACAAUAGCGGAGACACAGGUCUUGUCAUUGCUAAGAGGUCCUGUUUGAAAGAGAAUCCGAGAGUUUGGCUUGUGCUGAGCCCGCAGCUUGUCGAUGGAUGCUUGGUAAGGGGACGAGGCAGAUGGACGAUAAGACAGAAUAAGCUGCUUAAUCAUCACGCCUUAGUUGACUCCUCGGGCCCCAUAACCAUUUGCCGAGCGAUGUCGCCUGUCGGGACUAUGGGGACCUCCGGCCAGAUUCCGAGUCGCGACAGACUCGUUAUCUCGAUGGCCAUCUUCCCUCCAUCGUCCAAGGACCUACCUAGUAUGCCAUAG